AUGCAUUGGUGUUGUUUUCUAUUCUGGUUCUGGUAUCGUUUUACACUAGCACUUUUGGCACAUUUCAAUUGGCUUGUUUCUAUUUAUGUGAAUUGUGUUUAUUUCAUUUCUUGGAAAAGUUACGAUUUAUUAUGGUUUUGGAUGCAUCUUAUGCUGUGUAUAUGUUUUAAGCCAUUACGUGCUGAAAAUUACUUAAUUGUGUGGUGUAAUUUGAUUAACAAACGCAUUAAUCGUUAUCCAAAUAAUACUUACAAGGUAAGUAUUCUCAAUUUAGAAUUAGCCCGUCGGGAGAACAGAGACCGCAAAGUUUUAAGGAAACGGCUACGUGAACUAGCGAUCAUAUUGAAACAUGAAGCAAGGCAAAAAGUCAUUUGUAAUGCAAUUGAACUUCUGUUGCAAAUUUUAAGAAUGAUAACGUCUUUCAUGAUUCUGGUUGGGAAUGUCCGCAAAACUUUCAUGUUUUCGCUUCAAUCUGGUCGUUAUGCAAACCACAAUAUAGGGCUUAUGUUGCUUUUAAGAUGCACGGUUUUUCUGGAUAUUUUUCUAUUUUGGACAAAUAUUAUGUGGGCUUACUGCUUACAAUGGCAUUUGUGUUGUCGACUUGGCUUGAUCAAGUUUUGGUCAUGGAUAAUAAUUUUGGUUAUAAUAGGAAGUGUAUUUAUGCUUUACCCAAUGUCUUACAUUCACGACAACUUAGACUUUAGCUGGUGUCGGUUUCAAUUUAAUAGCACUCUUGCUCAGUAUCAGCCCAGUUGGUAG